UUUCCCUCGUGAACCCAGUUCUCGAGUUUCUACUGUGCUUAUAUACCCCGUCUCUCUCCCCGUUGCUUGGUGUCUGAGUGUCCCAAGUCUGCAACAACCUCCCCGAACUCCUCCCAUCUCAACCCCUUCGCCAUGUCUCAAGACAGUGCGAACCACACUGUCGUGCCUCCCUACGCGGAGACUCAGAAGCGCGACAGACAGUCCCGUCCCUCCAUUCCCCGGGAUGCCAACAAGGUCGUCGAGGUCCCCUCGACCCGGGAUGCCAUCAGCGAUGCUUCUGCUUUCAUGCACAACCUGAGCUUCUCGCCGUCCAUGAAGGACCGUCGGGGCUCGCGGAAUUCCUUCAGCACCUCUCUGCCCAUUCCCCGGUCCCCGCGUGUCUCGCGGUUGUCCACCGCUUCCAGGCCCAGUGCCGUCCGCCGAGACAUCCUUGCUGGUCAAUUGCAGGAUCUCUCCAAGGAGAAGGUGGCCGCUGUGAAGAACAUGGCCUUUGCCUUCGACAUCGAUGGUGUCCUGGUGCACGGCAACAACCCCAUUGAGGAAGGCAAGCAGGUUCUUAAGAUCCUCAACGGUGACAACGAGCUGGGCAUCCAAUUCCCCUACAUCCUCUUGACAAACGGCGGUGGUAAGACCGAGGAGGCUCGCUGCCAACAACUCUCCGAGAUCUUGGAGCAGCCCGUUUCGACGGACCAGUUCGUGCAGUCGCACACUCCCAUGCAGGCUCUUGCCGAAUACUACGACACCGUCCUCGUAUGCGGUGGAGAGGGAUACAAGAUCCGCGAAGUGGCCGAGCAGUACGGCUUCAAGAACGUGAUCCACCCCAAGGACAUUCUCGCCUGGGACCCCACCAUCUCGCCUUGCCGGCGGUUCACGGACGAGGAGCGCAAGGACGCCCGUCCCAGAGACUUCGCCAACCUGCAGUUCGACGCCAUUCUCUGCUUUGCGGAGUCCUUCGACGCCAUGACCGAUCUCCAGAUCAUCAACGACCUCCUCAUGUCCGACAACGGCAAGCUCCUCACCCGCGGCAAGAAGGGCGCCGAGCACAUCCCCAUCUACUUCUCGCAGGGCGAUCUGCUCUGCCCCACCGAGCACAAGGGUCCCCCACGUCUGCAUCUCGGUGCCUUCCGACUGGCCGUCGAGGCCCAGUACAAGGCCACCAGCGGCCAGGACCUGGAGCGUGUCCUGUACGGUAAGCCCGAGCGGGCGACCUACAUCUACGCCGACGAGGUCAUGAAGUCGUGGAUGGAGCAGAUCCACCAGCAGAAGACCCUACCGAAGAACAUCUACAUGGUCGGUGACAACCCCGCGUCCGAUAUCAUCGGAGGCAACCUGUACGGAUGGAACACCUGCCUGGUCCGAACUGGUGUCUUCCAGGGCGGCGACAACGAUGAGCAGAACCCGGCCAACUUCGGUGUCUUCCCGAACGUCCUGGAGGCUGUCAAGACGGCGAUCCGCAAGGAGCUGGGCCAGGACUUCGGCUUCAAGUGGGAGCCUAAGAUCAACCCGGUUACCCAUGCUGACUCCUCGUCGUCCGCUAUUGACUAGAUGCGACGCCGUGGUUUGGUUGGAAAGAAGUUGGAGAACGCAGAAUUUACUUCUAUAUUACCCCCCUGUUAUAGCAGGACUCUUAUUUUUUCAUUUUCAUUUAGACGAUAGACACGAAACCUUCAAGAGAAAAAGAGUAUGUCAGGUACAGCGCGUUUGGAAGUUACAUCACCUAUAGAAUUGC